CUCCUUGUGCUGCUGUGCAACCACGGGGCUCUGGGACCUCUGUGAUCUCAGAGCCUUCUGUGACCUCAUGGCCAGGGUGGAACUGCUUUUGGAGCUGGAUCUGCCUUCUUCGGAAGGGAGCUCAUCCUGCCCAGCUGCUCUGCCCAAGGGCUGUGACACAGUCCCAGCUCAGCUGAUCUCACAGGUUGAGGCAUGAAGGGAUGCAGAGCAGACCUGCCGAGAAAGACUUGGUGUUGCAGCUAGAUGAGAGGCUGGACGUGAGGCAGCCAUGUGCAUCCAAAGGAGAGUGCCCAGCAGGUUGAAGGAGGUGAUUCCCCACCUCCGCUCAGACGAGCAUGCUAGGAAGGCUUCUCCAGCAGCUUGGCUUAAUGAAGAUUUCCAGGGUCUUAACCCUCCAGCAGGUGUGUCUGCAGCAAAGACUUUUCAGGCUCCUUUCCUGGUUGCUGCACACAAGCCCCGCUCCCAUGGCAGGGGUCCUCCGAGAAGGCGGAACAAACCUAUAGGAGACAGGAAGUCCCUGGAGGCAUCCAAACACAUGCACAGGAUCGGGAGUGACCUGGAGAGACAACAUGGUGAACCUGAUGAUGAAGACGAUCCUGAUGACGAAGAUAAUACUUUUGAUGAAGACGAUCUGAAUUCCCAACCUGUACCCAUUACUGAGCCUCUGAGAGAUGCUGAGGAUGUGUCUGCAGGGAGGACUUUGGUGGAUGUUGCACACAAGCCCCGCUCCCAUCGCAGGGGUCCUCCAAGAAGGAAGAAGAAACCUACAGGAGCUCGUAAGUCCCUGGACCAUUCCAAACAUCUGGAACAAAAACGGAGUGGUGUGGACAGCCAGAGUGAUGCAGCCGAGACCUCAACACAUUCUGACUACACUUGGAAAAGCAUGAGAAGAGUUUUCUGCUGGGGAACACCUUGUUUGAUUAAGUUGAUGGCCAUUGUGGCUGGUGCAGCACUGUGCCUGCUUUUGUGUUCUGCUGGAAUCUGGUAUUGCUGGACGAGAAAAUGGUGCUCCUGUGCAUGUUCAGAAGACACACCUAAAAACAGAGGCAAUGAGAACCUGAAACUUUAUCCCAGUUCUUCACUUCUGCCCCUGUCUGCCUUGCCAUGGCUGCAUCCCCGCCAUGAGGCCAUCCCAAAACCCACCCCUCCUCAACGAGACCCUCUCCCCCUGAGUCCCCUGGUCUUGUUCCCCGGCCAGGAAUGAAGGUGGGCAGCCCUUGUCUGCCAGGGCAG